AUGACUACGUUACAGUACAGAACAGAAGAGAACAGAGGCAGAGCACUGGGCAGAAGAGAACAGAGGCAGAGCACUGGGCAGAAGAGAACAGAGGCAGAGCACUGGGCAGAAGAGAACAGAGGCAGAGCACUGGGCAGAAGAGAACAGAGGCAGAGCACUGGGCAGAAGAGAACAAGAGGCAGAGCACUGGGCAGAAGAGAACAGAGGCAGAAGCACUGGGCAGAAGAGAACAGAGGCAGAGCACUGGGCAAGAAGAGAACAGAGCAGAGCACUGGGGGCAGAAGAACUCAUUUUCAGGUGACGGAGAUGGAUGAGGAUCCUAAUUGGAUGAUGGCAGAACUCCACGGGAGGCGAGGCUACGUCCCUGAGAACUACAUUAGUCUGUUACCACACCCGUGGUUUGCGGGACGUGUGUCCAGGCAGCAGGCUGAGCAGCGGUUGCGUUGGGAGGAGAGAGGAGUGUUCCUGGUUAGAGAGUCAGAGAGUUCACCAGGAGAGUUCUCUGUUUCUGUCAGCUAUGGCGACAUGGUCGAGCACUUCCUGGUUCUCGAGGGGUUGGGUCAGUACUGUGUGUGGGAGGAGACUUUCUCGUCUCUCAACCGAUUGGUCGACUUCUACAGAUCACACAGCAUCGCCCAGGAGAGACCUGUCUACCUGACCGACCCUCCUGACACACCUCUACACACACACACACCCUCACACACACCUCUACACACACACACACCUGCACACCCUCUCACACACACUGCCAUGCAUCUACCGGACCCUAAC